GACAGUCAUGUGUUUGCCUGCUAGUUGAGAACGUGAGUGUAAAAUAAACUGAGAAGCAGUGAUUUUGUUUCUCAAAGUGUUUUUUAGUGAUAUUUUUGGGAUACUGGUAGAUUAGAGACUUCCAAAUAGUUAAGAUGAGCGAUCGCUUACUUGCCAAUUUUGAAAGGCAUUAACCCAAAGACACUUUCUUGAGUAGAUUAACUUAUCGUCAACUCAGAACUAUGAGCGCACCUGCAGUCCUCCGUCAACAGAAGACCCCGUUGCUGCCAGACAUAAACACCUCGAAAAUCUCUGCACAAGAUCGGAAAGUCAGGUCGCACACUCAGAAAAAGUCCCGACCAACCACGGACAAUGGUCAAACUUCGCACAUAACAAAGGAUGAAAUAUCACUCUACCGUAACACACAGAGCCAAAAUGUGUGUGUGGCGAUGCUGCGCGAGGGCUUCCACCACUCCUUUGAGGAGCUCUUCUUUCUGCUGCGGCGCUUCGAGGAGGCCCGGCGGGCAGGGGGUCCAGACAACCCCCUCUGGUAUCUACCCUCCCUGCAAGACCAGCCCGACAAACUGCACACCCUGCAGAGGCAUCUGACCAAGGCCGAGGUGGCGUUCAGAGCAGGAAACUUUGUGGAGGUAUACGAGGAGCAGUUGACUCUGGCGCGGUAUUUCACGGGUCCCGGGGAGGACUGGCUCAGCCUGCACUUCCACCAGCAGGCGCUCCGCUCCGCUCAAAGGGUCAAGCUCGACGGCGGUCGCAAGGAGGCCGAAGCCAACGCCAACAUGGCCAGGGUCUUCUUAGAGCAAGGGCAACUGGACCUGGCAAAGGAGCACUUUGAGGUGUUCUACCGGCUGUCCCAGGAGCGGCCAUGGUGGGAUGCGACCGGCCGCACGCUGCAGCACUGUGCCUGCGAGGGCCUGUGUGUAGUUUACACCCAGCUGGCCCAGGGGGCGCUACAGAGCCAGGAGUAUGAGCUCGCCAUAGAAAUCCUGAACAAGGCCUUCAGCAUCGCCAAGGAAGCUGAUGAUGAGGAGAUCCAGGGGCAGGUGGCUUAUUGGGUGGGUUUGGCCAAUCAUUGUGUAGGAGACCUGGAUACUGCUAAACAAUACUUCAGUAUGUCACUGAAUAUCACUACAGUACUAGGUGACACUGAAAAUCAGGGAAGAGCAUACAAAGCCAUUGCUAAAUCAUUGGAGAGUGAUGGAAAACUGGCAGAAGCUGUGCAACAUCUGGAGAGAUUGGCUGAGGUCUCCCGUAGCAACAACCAGCAAGAGAAUCUUGAGGAGGCCUGCAUGAGUAUGGGAAUGAUUUACUCCAACAGGGGUGAAUAUGAUCGUGGCUUGGAGUAUCUACAGCAAGCCUAUGAGAUAGCGAAAACUGUUGGUAAUGUCGGGUGGCUCCAGCGGGCUCAGGUGUGCGUGGGUAUGACGCACGCCCAGCGUAUGCUUCCCUCCUUCUCUACACACACCACCAACGCUACCCCUGACCACAUACGCCGCAUCCUCACAUGGAAGGACAGACGCCAGGACACAUUUGACUAAAUGGGGAAGAAGGAGGAGAAGAAGAGAGGACAUUAGAAGAGAAAAGGAGAGAAGAAAAGCGACAGUAGGGUUGCCACUGAUUAAGCAAACUCAUAAUGAAGCCUGAAGGAGGGCAUCUUCAAUACAAUAAAACAGCAAAGUUGUACUUGUACAGUCUGCCAAACAGAUAAUCAGAUAUUAAAACUGUUUAAAUAGAAAA